AUGGACAACAGCAUGGAGCAAAACAAGCAAAGGCAACCAACAGCAAGGUCGAGUGGUUCUCAGGCACAGCAACAUCUCCCAAACCAGAAUGAAAGCAACCAGCAACAGAUGAUACCAUCACCCAACCAGCAACAAAUAAUACCAUCACCCACCAUCAAUGCUCAUUCUCAUUCAGCCUUUUCAGCUUUCAUGAGAGGCCAACAAAACCAAUGCAUGCCUAAGCCACCACAACCUGAUCCCUCCCAAGCACUUCAACAACAACUCCUCAACUUCUGGGCCAAACAGUUUGGGGAAAUUGAGGAAAAAACUGAUUUCAGUAACCAUAGCUUGCCCUUGGCCAGGAUCAAGAGGAUCAUGAAGAAAGAUGAGGAGGUGAAAAUGAUAUCUGCUGAUGCAUGUGUUAUUUUUGCCAAGGCAUGUGAGAUAUUCAUCAAGGAGCUCACUUUAAGGUCUUGGGUCAAUGCUGAGGAGAACAAGAGAAGGACUCUUCAAAGGAAUGACAUUGCAACUGCAGUUACUAGAAGUGAGGUGUUCGAAUUUUUGGCUGAAACUGUCCCUAGAGAUGACACAAUGGAGCAUGAUCUGUAUGCGGGCAUUCAGAGGGGUGGUGGCAGUGCAAGAAACAUGGAGCUUGGUCCUAACUAUUAUCGUAUGCCACCACCACCACCACCACCUAGGAAUGUUGCGGCUCCUUCGUAUGGACUUCCGAGUAUGACUAUGGGAAGGCGUGUUCCAAAUCAAGCUCGUUCGAGGAACCGUAUGACCCGUCCUUCGGGAACUCGAGUGUGGCCACAUUCACAGCAGCCAAACCGUGCUCCUGAUUCGGAUGAUAAUUGA